AUACGUGUUUGGGAUAUGACCAAGAGACAGUGUCUAUACACUUUUAGACGUGAUGGUGAACGCUUUUGGAUAUUAACUGCACAUCCAACUUUGAAUUUAUUUGCUGCCGGACAUGAUGGCGGCAUGGUUGUUUUCAAAUUGGAACGUGAAAGACCAGCUUAUGCAGUUCAUGGUAACAUCCUUUAUUAUGUGAAAGAUCGUAUACUACGUAAAUUAGAUUUCACUACAACUAAGGAUAGUGUGGUAAUGCAACUACGAAGCGGUGCUAAAUCUCCUGUAUACAGCAUGUCCUACAAUCCAGCACUUAAUGCGGUUUUAAUUUGUACACGUACAAACAAUUUGGAGAAUAGCACUUAUGAUCUGUAUCAAAUACCUAAAGAUAGUGAAUCUCAAAAUGACUCCGACAGUAAACGUUCAUCAGGUAUAACCGCAAUUUGGGUUGCACGUAAUCGUUUUGCAGUUUUGGAUCGAAAUCAGCAACUGGUCAUAAAGAACUUUAAAAAUGAAGUAACAAAGAAAAUACCAACAUUUUGCGAGGAGAUAUUUUAUGCAGGAACAGGCAUGCUGUUAAUACGUGAUCCGGAAUAUGUAACUUUGUACGAAGUGCAACGCUUGGUGUCAGUUGGUUGCAUUAAAUUAGCUAAAUGUCGCUACGUUGUUUGGUCUGCUGAUAUGUCCUUAGUUGCGUUACUCUGCAAGCAUUCUGUUACGAUAUGUGACCGCCGUUUACAAUACUUAUGCACUAUCCAGGAAAAUUGUCGCGUUAAAUCUGGCGCCUGGGAUGACUCUGGGGUAUUUAUUUACACCACCAGCAAUCACAUUAAAUACGCAAUAACCAAUGGUGAUCAUGGCAUUAUAAGGACUUUAGACUUACCAAUUUAUCUGACGCGUGUAAAAGGAAAUCAAGUAUUUUGUUUGGAUCGUGAAUGUCGUGCGCUGGUCUUAAAUAUAGAUUCCACUGAAUAUAAAUUUAAACUAGCACUAAUUAAUCGCAAAUAUGACGAAGUACUUCACAUGGUACGCAAUGCACGCCUUGUAGGCCAAAGUAUCAUAGCAUAUCUGCAACAAAAAGGAUAUCCAGAAGUAGCUUUACAUUUUGUGAAAGAUGAAAAAACUCGUUUUGGUUUGGCUUUAGAAUGUGGUAACAUUGAUAUCGCACUUGAAGCAGCAAAGGCACUGGAUGAUAAAGACUGCUGGGAUCGUUUGGGACAAGCUGCUCUAAUGCAAGGUAAUCAUCAAGUAGUUGAAAUGUGUUAUCAGCGAAACAAGAAUUUUGACAGUCUAAGUUUCCUCUAUUUGAUCACUGGCAAUUUGGAGAAACUGAAGAAAAUGAUAAAGAUUGCUGAAAUACGAAAAGAUUAUUCAGCACAAUACCAAGGUGCACUGCUAUUGGGAGACAUUAAUGAACGUAUAAAUAUACUUAAAAAUUGUGGGCAAUUAUCACUGGCUUAUUUGACAGCAGCAACCCACGGUUUCACCGACCAAGCUGAUAGUUUAAAAGAAACACUCACGCAAGAGGGUAAUCCACUGCCUGAGGUUAACCCUGAUGCAGUUUUGCUUAAUCCGCCUGUACCAAUACAACAAGUCGAAACGAACUGGCCUCUUUUAACGGUAUCUAAAGGAUUCUUCGAGGGAGCUAUGAUAACACGUGCGGGCACAAGUGCAACUGCAAGACAAGCCCUAAAUGUAAAUGCUGAUGCAGCAAUUAUGGACGCAGGUACAUCUGGUGAUGGUUGGGGCGCUGAUGCUGAUCUAGAUUUAGGUGAAGAUGGAGAUGAAGAAAUGCAGGAUGCUUUAGAUACAGAAGCUGGAGCAGAGGGAGGUGAAGACGGUGCAGGUUGGGAUGUAGGAGACGAUGAUCUUGUCGUUCCCGAGGAACUUGCUUCUAAAAUUAAAGCCAAUGCAUUAGAUACAGGAUUCUUUGCCAACAAAGGAUUAUCCGUUGCGCAGCACUGGGCUAACAACUCGUCACUUGUUGUAGAUAAUAUAAAAGCUGGCGCUUUCAAGAAUGCAUUCCGCUUACUAAAUGAACAGCUUGGCGUAGUUAAUUUUUCACCUUUUAAAACACUAUUCUUACACAAUUAUGCCUGCUCCAGAACAAGCUUCACUGCAAUGCCAAACAUCAAAUCACUUUCAGCAUACCCAUUAAGAAAUAUUGGUGAAACCAAUGUUAAAAACCAAAGGCCAGCGUUGGGUAUUAAACUGAAUGACCUGGUUUUACGUUUACAAGCUGGCUACCAACUGACAACUGCUGGCAAAUUCACAGAAGCUGUGGAGAAAUUUCAUUCCAUCCUAAUAAGUAUACCGCUGUUAGUUGUCGAUACUAAACAGGAUAUUGCGGAGGCACAAGAACUGUUAAAAAUUUGUGGAGAGUACAUACUUGGUUUGAAAAUGGAAACCGAACGAAAAGGUAUGCCUAAAUCAACACUGGAAGAGCAAAAACGACUUUGCGAAUUAGCCGCUUAUUUCACACACUGCAAGCUGCAACCUGUGCACCAAAUUUUAACACUACGUACCGCGUUAAAUAUGUUCUUUAAGUUGAAAAAUUAUAAAACCGCAGCAUCUUUCGCGAGACGUCUAUUGGAUUUGGGCCCGCGCCCAGAAGUGGCACAACAAGUACGUAAAGUACUGCAAGCAUGCGAAGUUAAUCCAGUCGACGAACAUCAGUUGCAAUAUGAAGAAUUCAAUCCAUUUAAUAUUUGCGGCAUCAGUUACAAGCCUUUGUACCGUGGUAAACCAGAGGUGAAAUGUCCGUUUUGCCAAGCAUCCUACGAUCCCCAAUACAAGGAUAGUUUAUGUGCGGUGUGUGAUGUGAGUCAAAUCGGCAAAGAUGCCAUAGGUUUGCGCAUUUCCAACUUACAAUUUCGUUAAACUUGUAAAAAACUUUCAUUUUAUUUAAAUGUUUACGUCAGAGGCGUUGAUUAUUAUUUGUAUUUUUAUUAUUAAUAUGAAAAUGUAAACCAUUUUGCAAUACACCAUUAUUAUAUGCUUAUAAAAUAUAUACUCGUCGAUUCGAAAAUAAAAACUGCUUUUGAUUUCUGACUGUGGUGAAAAAUGGAAUGUGGUGAAAUUAGAUUAUGCUCUAUGCCGUUGUUUAUGCAGCACGACUUGCUUGCUGGCAUUACGUUUACUUUAGAAAUAAUUUAGGAAGUAUGUUAGUUUUACCUGUCAAAAAAUUGUUAAAAAUAGUUUUGCACUUAAAAGUUGGAUUAAAAACAUAAAAAUUAUGGAUGCGGUCGACAUUAUGCUAAAUGCUGCACUAAAAACAAUUGAUUGUUAUUAUAAAGAACAAUUGUUAAA